AUGCGCAAGCGUGAAGCUAUCAAAUCGUUGGUGUUGUGCAGGUAUUUGAACAUUUUGUCGUCUGGUGUGAGGAAACUAAACGUCGGAUUCUCGAAGAGUCAAUCGAAGGCCUCGUACCUGUCGGCCUACAAGAGAGAGCCGAGGGAGCGCGAGAAAGGACUUCCGAACUUCGAAGGAAGCUACAAGAGGACGGCUUCGCCGAACAGUGGCGGCCGAGGAGACGCUGCCGCGGCCGUGGAACCUCAAGAUGUGGAAAACGUGGCGCCAGACGGAAGCGAUUGCUGCAGCAAUCUUUUGGAUUCGAGCGGCGGUCGACUGCAAUCCCUGCAGCUGGACCACCACCAUCACCUCCACCACUAUAACAACAACAACAGCAACAACAAUAACAACAAUAACACAGCAACUAGUCAACAACAGUCGUCGCCCGGCAAACAACAGAUUGUCGACGCGGUGGCCGUAGCGGUCGCGCCGCCUUCACCGCCGCCCACCGCGGUGCUGUCCGAGCGGCCGGUCGUCGACCAGCCCUCACAACAACAACAGUUGUCGAAAACUCUGCCACGGGCCAACAACUCGACCGGACAGGAUUUUAAACGGUCGUCCCGUACGCCCCGGACCCAGUCGGACCCGUCCAACAUGCCCAACAAGGCGGACGCGGCCAUCACCACGUUGCAGUUGAUGAUGAUGCCGCCGCCUCGGCACUCCGAGUCUACGUCCAGCCUGCACCUGCAGAAACGGUCACAGUCCGACCUGUCCCAGGUGGGAUCCACCGAGAGCGGCUACAGCAGCCUGUCCCUGAAUGCCCCGUCGCCGUCCCACUCACCUACCAGGCUGUCGUCCGGCGACUUUGGCAUCGGUGGCCCGCCACCACCACUCCAGAUCCACUCUCCGUCGGCCACUACUGCCGCCACUGCCGGUGACCUCGACGAGUGCUGCACUUCUACAUGGCACACGGCGGAGCCAGCGGUCGCCGUGACCGACACUGACCACCGUUACCGCAAUCCGGUGUCCAGAAGCUGUUCGGUGGUGUCAUCGGAUUCCACUUCGCAGACGGAACUCAAGUCUGUCGCCGGCGGCACCCCGUUGGCAGUCCGGCGCAAGUCACCCGAAGAGAUCGAAUGCGAAGAACUGUCCCGCGAUCUCAUCAGCCACCUGUCGCCUUCCGACAAACUCCAUAACAUACUGGCUCCCGGACCGGACGUGAAACGUUCUACAGACUAUGUUUCUCCGCUGUUCCGCAUGGACUUGGUACCUCGGUCCAGAACUUCGGUCGCCGAAAAACUGAUCGACUGCAGUAGCAGUGACGCCAUGUGCGGUCCAAUCACCUCCACUACUAGCACCUCGUCGAAUACCACUGCCGCCGCCGGACUAUCGGCCAACUCAUCCUACUACACCACGUCCGAACCUAAGGCGAAACUCCUGAACCUGCAGCACUACAGCCGGCAGAUACAACCGCCGGCCGAAUGCAACGGGAUCGGAAACUUGCAAAAGAAAAAGGCGGACCUAGUGUCUCGACUGGACAGAAAGCUGAAAGUACUCCGAGAUGAACAAAUCGCGCUGGCCGAAGAGGCGGCGCUGAACGAGACUCUGGGCGUGUCGGUGGCCGAACGGGUUAAGUCGGUGGCCAAGCCUCAGGAAGCCAACAAGUUCAAAACUCAUGUACAGGAAGUGGGCCACAUUACCAGUCUGCUGUUGAGUCUGAGUGGACGUUUGGCCAGAGCGGAAAACGCACUGCUGGACUUGGACGCAGACCAUUUGGAAAAGAAGGCGCUGGAGGAGAAAAAGUGCAAGCUGACCGGUCAACUGGAAGAGGCCAAGGAGCUGAAGGAGAACAUCGACAGGCGUGGAGACUUUGUGUCGACCAUACUUUGCCGGUAUCUGACUGCCGACGAGUACUCGGACUACGAUCAUUUCAUCGCGAUGAAAGCCAAACUUCUGAUCGACGCCCGCGAGAUCGCCGACAAAAUUCAGCUGGGCGAGGAGCAGUUGCGCGCGCUCAAGGAAACCCUCGAAGACUAA